GGAAAUUACGAUAUCUUAAACAGGUACAAGUGAAACCGUAGCCCCAAACACCAAACUCACUAAUGUAAUUCCCAAACAAACCCUCACAAUCUCCGCCAUUUUUUGAUUUUCCCCCAAAAUUUUUGAACUUUUAACCCUAGCGCCUUACUCCACUUCCAAGCACCAAGAUUUCUGUUCCGUAUCAAAGAUUGUUAUGGCAACUCGUUUCGCACAGAGACAACUCAUCAUCCCAAAUGAAAAUUUCGAUGUUCACCCCCAAAAAAAGGCUAAUGUUGAUGGUAGAGUGAAUGGUCUGAAAAAAACAGCCACAAAGAAAGGGGAUCGUAAGGCUCUUAAUGACAUAACAAACAAAUCAUCAAACAUUCGUAUCGAAGACACUUCGACCACAAAAAAGAAUGUGCCAAAAAAAGAGGAGCUUUUUAAUGUAGCCCAGGAAAUGUUUUUACAUGACCACAAAAAAUGCAUCGAGUCACAACAACAAAGUGGAAUGAAUUCAUUUUACCUGGACUUGGUUCUUCCAGGACACGAUUCUGUACAUACUGCUGAAAAUCAAGAGUCCAAACAAGCAAAGGCUGAUCUUUGUAGCCCUCACUGCUACCCAGAGCCGGUGGAGUUGCCCAUGGCUGAUUUGUUAGAUUGGACCUCCCCUCCUUGUUCUCCUUUACAUUGGGAUGCUCCACCAUCCACCCCUUUUGCAUGGGAAUCUGAGGUGGUUGAAUUUGUUCUGAAACAAGAAGCUGAUAUUUGAAUCAUUGAAUGUCAUUUCUUUCUUUUCUUUUUGUUCAUAAAAUGUAAUUCAAAGUUCACAUUUGAUGCUAAUGAUUCUUUCAAUUCUUCAUGUGAUCUGUACACUAUAUUGUUUGAAGAGACAAUGGCACAUAAGUACAAAUGUGUUUCAGACUUACAAGUAGAACAACAGCAGGAGAGUGAAGUAGAGAAGGGGACUAUGUGGAGACUUUGGUAGAUGAACACAUUGCCUCUGUUCUAAAGCAGUCGUAUUGGAUGAUUGUUUGCAUUUAUCCACUUAUGUUAUAUGGUAA